AUGAACAAUCAACCAAGCCCUAGUGACGUGACUGAGAGCAUUUCAGGAGAAGUCCCUGGUGGCCCCUCCGCUGUUCGAGGAUCUCCCAUAUCACUUACUCAAGAGAGCCCUGCCCACAAUGUCGACCGGGCUGAGGCAGCUGCCGCGCCGGGGCCUUCUCGCGCCCGUGCUGACCCACACCUCACGGCGAUACCUGUUGACAUUGAGGCGGCCUUUCGCAAUGUUAUCCGGGAACCUGAUGAACCGACCGUCGGACGAAUUGUAUAUACAAUAGACGAGAACAUGAACGCCACAGCUCACAUUGAAACAGAGGAAGACGUUGCUCUUUACAGACAGAAUUUGGAACGGCAGGCACGAGCCCAGGCAGCAGCACAGCCCGCCCCAAUCGUGCUGCCGGACUUUGGAAACUUGGACCCGAUCCAGGAAGUUCUCGAGAACAUGACCCCUGAGCAGCAAGUCAUCAUCAGAGGCUUCUUCACUAACAUGAACAAUGCCUUCCGCGAGCUUGCCGUCAGCCCUCACCGACCACCCUUGACCGCUGAAGAGAUCAAUCAGAAUUUCGGUGAUGUUCAAGCGUUUGAUGAUACCAUGGAGGCCCUCGACCAAUUUGACCGCGCCCGCGUUGAAGAAUUUCUCUCUGACUUACAGCAAGCGCUCAUAGAACUGAAUUACCACCCCGAACGCACCGCUGAGAGGAUUCGGCAUGUCGAGGACCUAUUAAACCGCAUUCAAGCUGCUUUGCCACCUGCAAACCCUGGUGAUGAUUCCUCCGAAUGCCCAAUCUGCUUUACUUCCUAUCACCCUGGUGAUCGCAACGUUAUCCUUCCAUGCCAUCCGUCGCACCACUUCCAUCGUAGAUGCAUUCAAAACUGGUUGCUUGAGAACAACAAUUGUCCUCUCUGCCGCACGGAGGUUACAUUUCCCCGCUGA